CUUGGCCACCUGAGACAGAGAAUACCCAGCAUUUCUAAUUCCUAGUUUUUUUUAUUUACACACCUUUACAUUUUCAAAAUACAAGGGAUCAAUGUAGGGGCAACACAAUUGGAGUGGUAUUCUUUAUGCUUACUGUAAGUACAGGAUCAUUAAUAUUUGUUUCAAAUUCAUGAUCACUACUGUACACUUCUAUAAUUCUAGACUGUAGCCAGCGGACAAUUUUACUAGGACUGAAUACACAAAUUCCACCUUGUUGAACAGGUUUUGCGAGUGUGACAACAGUGUCUGAGAAAGAAAUAACAUAACACAGGAGAUGCAUCAUGCUCGCUUCUCAGUGUGUCACACGAUGUUCGCGACGAGAUCUUUAAAGCACCGUAAAGCAAUGUUGUAUUCAUUUUAUGUACUGAUUGUGUGCAUUGUAUUUUAUUUUGUCAUAUGUUUGGGAGCAAAUUAUGUGGACUCUGAAAAGCUGCCUGGCGGGCCUGUAAAAAAAGACCUCAAGAAAGUUUUAAAUAAAACCCACAGAGAAUCACCCACAGCAAAUGAACGACCCCAGGCACAGGUCAUCCCCAAAACAGUGGAAGAUAACCAGCAGCCAGUUAAAAAACAUCAGGGUCGUGUAAACAUGCACAUUUUCGAAGACUGUUGUGGUGGAUCGCUUCAAAAACUUAGGAGUAACCUGCUGUAUCCAUUAUUUCCCAAUGUACGUACUACAGUAAGUAGACUAUCUAUUUCACCGCAGUGGAGAAAUUAUGGAUUGAGAACGUUUGGCUAUAUUCACCCUGCGGUAACGGGUGAAUAUAUUUUUGGUGUUGGCUCAGAUGAUAAUUCUGAGUUCUGGCUCAGUUUAAACGAAAGUCCCCAAAACCUUGAACGUCUCGCCUAUGUGGGUGAGACAGGAGAUGAAUGGUCUGCUCCAGGCGAGUAUUGGAAGUUUGCAUCCCAGAUAUCCAAACCUGUCUUGUUGGUGAAAGAUAUGAAGUAUUUUUUUGAAGCCCUUUUAAAGCAGAAUGAAGGAAUGGAUCAUCUUCAAAUAGCGUGGCGUUUAAACCAGGACAGCAGUAAUUUUGAAGUGAUAACCUCUGAGUUUUUAUCAUUAUAUGAAGAUGAAUCAUCUCUACUAAUGGGAGACAUUGAUCACAUACCUCAAACAGAAGCCAGUUAUGAUAGAUUCCUUGAGUCGAUCCCCAAGUCACCUAAUCCUGUAGGAGACAUGAUCAGAGAAGAUCUCCGAGAUCAUAUCUUUAAGAUUCCAUUGAUGGACGAAUCUUACACGAAAGUCUUGUUUCCUGAAUGCGAUUAUAAACCAAGUUACAUAAUUGGAACAAAGAUUGGACGAUAUCACGGUGUAAAUUUAAUACACUUCUCUUCAGUAUAUCCAAAUGACUACACAAGGCAAACUUAUGCUCAUGAUGAACAUUUGUGCUUCUACAAACAGGAUACAUCAUUUGAGGAAAGUAAAGGGUUUGCUGGUUAUCUGAACGAGGUUGCGGAUCCUGAUGUACAAGGAAACAACAAAGAAGGUCCUAACUGGCAACGUGUAUAUGACGUGAAACCAUUCGAUGCUGGUUCAAAGCAAAGUACAGUUGCAGUCAAUUCAUGCAAAAGAGCUGGAAACAUUGUGAUGAGCCAAAAUCAAGCCAUGCCCAUUGUUAAAGCUUUUAUGACAGCACUGCAUUCAAAAGACGCCACACGUGGCUACUCCUUGCUACGCGUGUUGAAUGUGGUAAGACGGCAAGACAAUGGCAAAGGCAGCCGCUAUCUGGUGGAACUGGAACUUGUUGGCUCACAAGGUCAAAAAGUUCUUGUUUCACGUUACGUUUAUGCACAACAGACGGAAACGGCUCAGCAAUUACCAGCUCUCUGCAGUCCAAAACAAUUUAACUGGAACCCAUCUGCAACUGUUCAUGUCAUUGUGGCAGUGAAAAAUCAAGCAAGAUGGGUCAUUCAGUUUAUCAGAGAAAUGGAAAAAAUAUACAGAGUAACUGGGGAUAAAAACUUCAAUGUAAUCAUUAUCGACUAUAAUAGCUCUGACAUGGAUAUUGAGAAAAGACUCAAAAAUGCCAAAUUGCCAAGUUACACAUUUAAGAAGAUGGAAGGUAAUUUUCAAAGGUCCGGAGGCCUUCAAGCUGGAAUAAAUCUUGUUGAAGAUUCACACAGCAUUUUGUUCCUGACCGACCUGCACCUUUACCAUCCUUUAAAUUUAUUAAACAGUAUACGUAAACACUGUGUUGAAGGAAAGAUGGUCUAUGCUCCUGUUGUGAUGAGGCUGGAUUGUGGUGCUUCCCCAAGAGCCCCAAGUGGAUUUUGGGAGACUGCUGGUUAUGGUCUAAUGGGAAUCUACAAAUCAGAUAUUGACCGUAUUGGUGGUAUGAACACAGCAGAAUUUAAAGACAAAUGGGGAGGUGAAGACUGGGAAUUGUUAGACAGGGUCUUGGAAAAUGGAUUAGAGGUGGAGCGACUACACCUGAGAAAUUUUUUACAUCAUUUCCACUCCAAACGUGGAAUGUGGGGCAACUCUGCAUAAUACACUGUUGGAUCUUCAGGCAAUCACUGUAAAUACAGCCUGUCUGCCUGCUACAAUGACAAGCACAUGCUAUUCUUUACAACUUGAAUGAAUGUGCCAGUGGCCUGUGAAUGAAACUGAAUGAGUGAAGUUUUUUGUUUAAGAAGGUUUUUUUAUGUUCAAUUUAAUAUCAUAAAAAUUAUAUUUAUUCAGAAUGUAUUCAUUCUGUAAACUGCACAGUUGAUACACUCCUUGUUUCCACUUAUGGUUAAAUACUUUACAUGGGUGUGUUUGUAGGUGUACAGUAUGCGUGUUUGUAUAUGUCAGUAUUUUGAAUAUUUUUGAAUAUGUCGUUGUUACUGAUAUGAAUAUGUUCUUGAUAGUUUACCACACACAGACAUAUAAAGCCCUUUUAUGGAAAAAGGAAAAGAAGAGAACAGUUUAUCGUGGCUUUUUCUUAGCAACGAUAAAUACAGAACAUCUACAGUGAGCUCACACAAAUUCAGUACUUUAUGAUGUGAGUGAAAACUACUGUAGUAAUAAUAAACUAAUAAAAAUGAAUGUCUUAAAUUCUUAAGAAA